UCAUUCCUCAUCAAUUAGAAAGAGAGAGAGAGAAGCAUGCAUAUACAUAGAGGAAGCUCGUCCUACAGUUGGGAUGCAGCAAGAAUAGGGAACACGACGUUCGUGCAAGCAGAUCCAUCAAACUUCAGGGAAGUGGUGCAGAAACUCACCGGAGCACCGAAGAAGAAAGCAGCAGCAGCAAGCUUCAAGCUACAGGAGAGGCGCCACGCCUACGCCGCCAAGAAGCUAGAGCUCACCAUAGGCGGCCUCUCAGAAAGGCCACCUUUCUUCACCGACGCCACUACUCCAUCAUCAUCAUCCGUAUCGUCGGCGUCCCCCGUGUCUCCUCUGCAAAUGGAAAUGGAAGAGAGAGUCAUAGCUCACAAAGGCUUCUACUUACUGCCUUCUCCUUCUUCUUCUCAUCAUUAUCGUCACACCACUCCUCAGUUACUCUCCCUCUUUCCUUUGCAUAAUAACCAAACCAAUUCUCACUAAACUAAACCACCUUUCUUGAUUUAUUUAAUUAAUAAUCUCUCCUAACUCUCUACUCUCUCUACACUUAAUUUAUCUUGCUUGUUAAAUAUU